AUGGAACAGACUAUCACUGUGAUGACAGAAGAAGAAGCUUCAGAUCCUGGGCCUAAUGAUAUUGUCAUUCAUCUUAUCAAUCCGUACAAGUGUGGUGUCUGUGAUGUGGAGUUUGUGGACAAGCCUGUGUUCAAGGAUCACAUGUUUGCUCAUUUGGAGCAUACCAAACACGAACACCCAAGCUCACAGAUUGUGAUGUGUAUCACCCUGACACCAGAGACUCCUGGUGGGAUGACAGUGACACGAGACAUUCUGAACCUUGGAGAGGAUGGUUCCAUCAAGCAAGUAUGGCAGCCAGCCAAUGCCAGUAUGAACCAGGCAUCACCACUUCGGGAGCUGGAAGAAGCUGGUCUCAUCAAGUUGGAUCAUCCAAAGUUUGAGCUGGUUGUACCCAAGCCAGAGCCUCUGCCCAAAGCCAGAUCGAUCAUUGGCAGCUUUAACAGUGCUAAAAUGGUUGCACACCAAGGACAACCAGUGGAGUUACUUACAGCUGGGGUGAUUCCGCUUGAGGAGACUGAGGAGGUGGCAGGUCUUCUGAAGGAAGAAGUGGAGAAUGUGGAGACAGACUUGUCCCAUAUUGUGGACAACCGAAAUGGUUCUUACAGUUUUGCCUUUAAGGGGCCAAAUAAUGAGUUUCAGCACAUUCAAAUUGUCGGGCAGGAGGGCAUCAAGGGGGAUUUGAUGAUGGAGUUGACCAGCAUCCAGGAUAGACGCAGAACAAGCAGAAGCAGCAGCAAUAAAAGCAACGAGUGUGAUAUUUGUGGUAAAAUUCUGUCCAGUUCCACAAAUCUUUUGCGUCAUAAGAUGUAUCACAGUGCUGAGAGGCCCUUCAGAUGUGAUAUUUGUGACAAGGGUUUCAAGGAUGUGAGUAACUUGAAGAAGCACACUAUGAUACAUAAGCGGAUAUUUCCUUGUCAUUUGUGUAAGAAGUCAUUUCUAAGGAAGUCUCUCCUGGCUCUUCACCUCCUGCGCCAUGAGUCUCACACAGCUGUGGUCAAGACUGGAAACUCUAUGAAGGAGAUCACUCUGAGGACCUUCGUCGAUGAUGAUGGAACUCGUGUGGAGGAAAUGAGCAUGGCAGCUUUAAAUGGACAGACCUUUGAAUACAAGCACCGUAUUGUCAAGGCAGAUCCUGCCACUGACAAGAGUUUGAAGGAUGACAGUCUCACUGAUGAGAAAGAGCAUGAGGUGCUUGAUGCGGGAGUAUCUGCAGAAGCUGUGUCUGUGAGUUCAGGCAAUGCAGAUAUUAAAGGUGGUGUCCAGAGGCCUAUGUUUACUGUCACCAUGGGUGGGCUGCAGGUAGCAAGUCUUGAUCAGGGCACUAGUACAGAUGAUGCACAGAAUGUUUCUCUGGGAAGUAAAGGUGCUGGCAAUCCUGAUGGACUUGAUGCAGAUGACCUGCCUGAGCUGAAGAUCCUACCAGUUCCAGAAGAAUUUGUGAAGAUGUACCAGUGUGGACACUGCGGGAAGAGAACUGUCCAACGUGGCAACAUGAUGAGGCAUCUGAUACAUCAUUUGAAGGAGAAACCAUUUGGUUGCGAUGAAUGUCCUAAACAGUUUGUGGACAAGGGGGAACUUGUUAAGCAUAAGAAGACGCAUACCAAGCCAUAUAGGUGCCCUCAGUGUAAUGGUGCUUUUGCUCAUAAUGUGCAGCUGAUGAAGCAUAUACAGAGUGAAUGUUUAGGAAACCUGGAGCAGCUUAACUACACUGUCAUGGAAGAUGGGAAGACCUACAAGUGUGACAUCUGCUGUAUUGAGAUGAAAAGGCUAGGCAACAUGAUCAAGCAUGUUGGAACCCAUGGGGCCAGCAGCAGAAGAAGCUCUUGGAGUCGAAAAGCCAUGCUGAGCCCAAAGAAAAAAGUAAGCCUGCAGGUUCCGUACUAUUAUGAUUCUGUUCACAAAGCAUUCUUCUGUGGUUUUUGCUCAAAGUCGUAUUCUCAGAAGGCUAAUGUCCAUCGCCAUGUGAGAAUGCACACAAAGGACAGGCCGCAUCGCUGCAUGCACUGUGACCGCUGGUUCCCCUGUGCAAGCACUCUCAAGAGACACAUUCAAAUGCACACCAAGCCCUUUAAAUGUGAGAAAUGCUCUUGCGCGUUUUCACGCAAAUUCUUCUUGGAAGCUCACAUGAAGAAUCACUCUGAGAAAGAAAGACUUGAGGACAACCCAGACUAUGCUUUGCUGGAAGAUAAGUCUGGCUACUUCUGUAAACACUGUGACAAAAUGUUGAGCGAGAGAUACAGAAUGAUGAAUCAUGUGAAGCUACAUCUAACUAAACGUCUGUUUGAAUGCCCUACAUGCAACAAAUGCUUCAGUUGCCGCUACUUGCUUCUAAAGCAUAAAAAGACUCACAACAAGCCUCAUGUGUGUGUUGUGUGUGGAGAAGCAUUUACCAGGAAAUUUUUCCUCAUGCUGCACAGGAAGAAGAUGCACAACUUCCAAAAGAACAUUCCGGAAAUGAAGGAUGAGCCAGUUGAAGAUAAAACAGAAUCAGAUGAGUCGUUUUUUUGCUCCAUUUGUGGGGCUCCCUUUGCCAGGUUGGUAAUCAAAAUAAACCAUGAGAAAAAAUGUGGGGAAGAGAGCAAGGUUAUGGUGCGGCUGCCAGAUGGCAAGGGUUAUAAAUGUAAGGUCUGUAACAAAGUUGCUACUUUAAAACACAAUCUCAUGGUUCACAUCCGAAAACAUGAUGUAACCGAUGUGGACAGUAAUGAACAUAAUGAUCAGCACGAUAUUAAAUACAUUCAGGAGGAAACAGCAAAAGAAGAGAAGUCUUCUGGACAGCAACAGGUAUCAGCAUUGGUUAAAUCUGAAGAGCCAUCAGCAAAACAAAUAAAAAUAGAAAGCUCACCUGAAAAUCAAGCAUCCACACCUGCAAAUACGCCUGUAGCUGCUUUAAGAGCUGCUAAGGCAACAAGAGAAGAUUCAACCUCUCUUGGUACAACCCCUCUUGGUAGCUCUCGACGACCAGCAAGGACACAAAAGGUGCCAGCGCGGUUUCUGGAAUAA